AUGGCGACGUCAGCGGUGGGGUUCAAGCCUCGCGAGGACCACAAGAAGGCCAAAGAGCUGGAGGAGGCGCGCAAGGCGGGGCUGGUGCCGGCGGAGGUGGAUGAGAACGGCAAGGAGAUCAACCCGCACAUCCCGCAGUACAUGUCGUCCGCGCCGUGGUACCUCAACGCCGACCGACCCAGCUUGAAGCACCAGCGCAACUGGAAGGCGGAGGGCGGAGGGCAGAGCAAGAACUGGUACGACCGCGGAGCCAAGGUGUUCCAAGCCACCAAGUACCGCAAAGGCGCGUGCACCAAUUGCGGCGCCAUGACGCACGACCACAAGUCGUGCACGGAGCGGCCGCGCAAGCUGGGCGCCAAGUUCACAUCUCAAUUCAUAGCGGUGGACGAGAAGGUGGAGUCGUUCCACCUCGACUUCGACGGCAAGCGCGACCGCUGGAACGGCUUUGACCCCUCCACGUACGCGCGCGUCGUCGCCGCGCAUGGCGUGCGCGAAGAGGCGCGGCGGAGGUUCCGCAAGGAGCAGCAGCUGCGGAGGCUGAGCAGCGCGGGGGGAGCGGCGGGGGGAGCAGGGGAAGCGGGGGAUUGGGGGGAGGGGGGAGAGGGAGAAGGGAAGGGAGGGGGGGAGGAGGAGAGGGAUGAGGCGAGGGUGGACGAGAGUGAGCAGCGGGAUUUCGCGAAGGUGGAGAAGCGCGUGAGAACGACGGGAGGCGGCAGCACCGGGACGGUUCGCAACCUGCGGAUCCGCGAAGAUACGGCGAAAUACCUCCUUAAUCUGGAUGUCAAUUCCGCUUACUACGACCCUAAGACGAGGUCGAUGCGCGAGGACCCGAACCCUGGAGGCGACGCGGACGAGAAGUUUUAUAAAGGGGAUAAUUUCAAUAGGAUCAGCGGGCAGGCGGUGGAGUUUCGCCAGCUCGCGCUGCACGCGGCUCGCGCGAAUGAAGCGGCGCGCGACGCGCGUGGGGAGGUGCACGUGCAAGGCGCGCCGAGCCAGGCGGAGCUGCUGCACCGCGAAUUCAAGGCGCGCAAGGAGCGGCUGCUGGCUGCGAAGCGCGAGGCGAUGCGGGAGAAAUACGGCAACGCGGCGGCGGAUCCCGAGGCGGACGGCGUGACGGGCGCGCUGCUGCUGGGGCAGACGGAAACGGCCGUGGAGUACGAUCACAGCGGGCGAGCGGUGAAGGGGCAGGAGAAGCUGGUGGUGGCGCGAAGCAGGUACGAGGAGGAUGUGUAUGUCAACAACCACACGUCUGUGUGGGGAUCGUUCUGGAAGGAUGGGCAGUGGGGCUACGCCUCCUGCCAUCAGAUGCUGCGCCUGAGCUAUUGCACAGGCUCGGCAGGCAUCCAAGCUGCAGAGGCUGCUGCGGAGGCCACCAAAGCUGCUGCUUUGGCAGGCGCUCUGCAUGAUGGUAGGAGGGGGGUCGAGGGUGGAAAAGAAGGCGGUGAGGGUGGGCGUGAUGGAAGCAGUGGAAAAGCAGCAGCUGCAGGGGCCGGGGUGGCUUUGCCGUGGGGAAGUGCGGAAGGGGAGAACGUGGAUCCAUCGACACUGGACCCGGAGAAGCUGAAGCAGGCGGCUAAGAAGAUGGAGUUGGGUGCGAUGGAGGAGAAGGAUGAGAGGAAGAGAAAGUACAAUGUGUGGCAUGAUGACGAGGUCACAGCUGAGGAUAUGGAGGUGUAUCGGCUUAAGAGAGUGCACAAUGAUGAUCCUAUGCAAGAUUAUGCUGACAAGGAGUGA